UAGCAAAUCGGGAACAAGUGGUGGUGGUGGCGCUGCAUGUCGAUGGAGGGGCUGAGGGCGGAUGCGGCGGCGGCGGCGGCGCAUUACCGCGGGGUGAGGAAGAGGAAGUGGGGGAAGUGGGUGUCGGAGAUCCGGGAGCCGGGGAAGAAGACGCGGAUCUGGCUGGGGAGCUUCGAGUCGGCGGAGAUGGCGGCGGUGGCGCACGACGUGGCGGAGCUGCAUCUCAAGGGGCGCGAGGCGCAGCUCAACUUCCCCGAGUCGGCCGACCAGCUGCCGCUCCCGCGGAGCUCCGACCCCAAGGACAUCCGCUCGGCGGCGCUCGAGGCCACCGCGCGGCUGCGGUGCAGGACCGCCUGCCCGCCGCCGGCCAUGGAGAGGCUGGGAAACGACGAGCUCGGGCUGGACUCGCCCCAGAUGUGGGCGGAGCUGGCCGAGGCGUUGCUGCUGAGCCCACCGGCCUGGGGCGGCGAGGCCGACGACGGCGAGGUGGAGGACCACUGCGAGGACAACGCCUCGCUGUGGGAUCCGAUAUUCCAUUGAUUCAGGCACCCGCCACAAAUGCACGUACGUAUUUGCCAUGAACAUCUGCAGUUUUUGUCUUGCAGAGGGAGAGAAAAAAAAAUCCUAUAAAUUUGUUUCUCAUAAUUCAGCCAGCAACUGUAGUAUACGUUAAGCACGCUGUAAUUGAUCAAUGCGAUCUAACAAUUAAUAUGAAUUUAGCGAUCGAU